UUCAGGUCACCUGGGAUGUUAGGAAUGGCUCCUAAAAGAGAACCCUCUAUUAAAAAGUCUCCUUCACCAGUGGCUGAACCACGACUGGGUCCGCCUUACCCCUGUUUGCCUACAGCACCUGCAGCUUCAAAACCGAUUCCAGAGCAGAAGCCAAGGAUGUUGCGUCCUUCUGAUUCACCAUUCGACCCCAGCAAUUUGGAGAUUGAGUUUAACCUGGAUCAGAUUCAUGAAUUUAAGGAGGCCUUCCUGCUGUUCGACAGGACAGGAGAUGGAAAGAUCAGCUACAGCCAGUGUGGGGACGUGAUGCGGGCCCUGGGACAGAACCCUGUCAACGCCGAGGUGCUGAAAGUGCUGGGCAACCCCAAGUCUGAGGAAAUGAACACCAAGAUGCUCGACUUUGAGCAGUUCCUGCCCAUGUUCCAGGCCAUCGCCAAAAACAAAGAUCAGGGGUCCAUGGAGGACUUCGUGGAAGGACUCCGUGUGUUUGACAAGGAGGGCAACGGCACUGUAAUGGGGGCAGAACUACGUCAUGUGCUCACCACGUUAGGUGAGAAAAUGUCAGAAGAGGAAGUGGAGACACUCUUGGCUGGGCAUGAAGAUGCAAAUGGAUGCAUCAAUUAUGAAGCAUUUGUUCGUCACAUCAUGUCAGGCUGAGGGCCGAAUUGGUCCGGAUGGUUAUGAACGGAUGAGGAUGAAGACGUCACCUUUUUUUCCGUUCCUCAGAAUCACAUUCCUAUAUUUUUCCAUUUAGCUUUGUCAGUUCACCCCAACCUUUUCAUCAGUUUAUUUUGCAGUUUUAAUUUAAAAAGUGCCUUUAUAUUCCCUAGAGAAGACCAUAAAGCACCAUUUUUAGAUAUAUUGAUAUGAAUAAGCCCUUGUAUUCAUUGAGCAAUAUUUGCGCUUGCAUAGUUUGUAACCUUUCAAAUGCAACAUGAACUGUAACGAUGUAACUAAAAUUGGACAAGACAAUAAUAAAUAUUAUAUAUACAUAUACCUAAGACUUGCUUUGGCUGAAAUGUCCCUGAUUGAUAAUUGAAAAUAUCAAACUAUGUAAUUGUAAACAUUUUACUUGAGUUCCCAUGUUAUGAAUUUGGCCCAAAAAUUUGCAUUUAAAUAAAUGUGUUUUCCUGAAA